AUGACACAGGACGCGCCGGCCGGCAACGGCCAUGCCUUGCAGCGCAUGCACGCCAAUGACGCCGACAUAAACGCGAGCGCCUGCGCCCUGUGCAACGGGCUCGUCGAUGCCGUCCCGCUGGACCAUGGCCACCGCCUCACGUUGCUCCGGCGCCAGGCCGCGCAGGGCUGCCGGACCUGCGAGCUGGUCAGCGACGCCGUCCUGGCCAUCAACCAAGAGGAGCAGCCAUCCGAGAACCUGCGAGUGGGCUGGGACACGAUGCGCAUACGAGGGCUGCGAGUCGUUGUGGGCGCCGACGUGACCGGCCUGUUUCUCUUUGGCAUUGACCUGUACUCCCCGGAUGAUGGCGAUGACAAGUCGUUGCCCUGGCGCAUGGCGACCGAGUGCGAGCGGCCUAUUGCCAUCUCGGGUGACACGAGCUCUGACGAGGCGCUCGGCACCUUGGUCCGCUGGAUUGACGAUUGCUCGCAGCAUCACUCGUGCAAGGGAUCCGCGCCCACGCCGCUGCCUACGCGACUGAUAGACGUCAAAGAUGCCGGGAAUAUCCGUCUACACUGCACCGCGCCCGGCGAGACGGGGACAUACGCGUGCCUAAGCCACUGCUGGGGCACAUGUCAGACCCUGCAGACGACGACGGCCAACCUCGGGCAGCACCGAGACACGAUUCCCUGGCAUGACGUGCCGAAUGUCCUCAGGGAUGCCAUCGACAUGGUUCGCAAACUCGGCAUCAGGUACCUCUGGGCCGACUCGCUGUGCAUCGUCCAGGACUCGGAAUCCGACUGGCGGCGCGAGUCGGCAAGCAUGGCAAACGUCUACGCCAACAGCACAAUCACCAUCGCCGCGUCGCUGGCAUCGGGGGAUGCCGAGCCGCUCUUCGCCACAGCCCCCGUCGCCCACCUCGCGAAAACGCUCCAUGCGCACGGCGUGUAUGCACGCAAGACACUCGCCCACGGACACGGCGCGCAGCCGCUCCCGCUGAUGAGCCGCGCCUGGGUCCUGCAGGAGCGGCUGCUGUCGCCGCGCGUCGUGCACUUUACCCCCGAGGAGCUCGUGUGGGAGUGCAUGGAGGCGCUGCGGUGCGAGUGCGGGUGCAUCCGCUCGCUGUGGUCGCCCGGCCACGUGCCCUUUGACAAGGACCUGCUGAGCGCGGGCGUGCUGCGCGGGGCGCCGUCUCGCGCCGCCGUGAGGGAGCGCUGGCUGCGUUUGGUCCAGGAGUACUCGCGCCUCGAGCUGUCCCUGGAUCGCGACCGGCUGCCGGCGGUUGCGGGUGCCGCGCGCCGGGUCAAGGACUUUGCGGGUGGAAGGGGCUACCUCGCUGGCCUGUGGCGGCACGGGCUUGUGGGAGACUUGCUGUGGGAGAGAAAAGGAGAUGGCGCCACGAGGAGGUUGGAAGGGAUUCCGUCAUGGUCAUGGGCGUCGCUGUGGGCCGAGGUGCUGUAUGACGAGGCAAUGGCAACGGAAGAGCUGGGAGUGGUGCUGGAGGCCAGCUGCGACUUGCUGAGGGACGAUGACGAGUUCGGUGAGGUGCACGGUGGCACCGUACGCCUGUCAGUCCUCACUGGUACGGUUUCGAUACGUCGUCCGCCAGAAGGGGACUUGCCGUCGGUAUCGCUCAACGCAGGGGGCAUGAGCCGCCGGUGUGGUGACGAGGAUCUCGUUCUCGACGGCGAUGGCCAGCUUUCCGGGGGCGACAGAAGUCUUCUCUGUGCCAAGAUGGCUCUGCGGAGGAGCGUGUACCGCACAGGGUCGGAUCAGGAGGUCUGGCUGGUGCUGACGCCCGUGGACGGGCAAGAGGGGGUGUUCCAGAGAGUUGGUCUAUUAAGGACGGAUGUCGGGGAUGCAGAUGAGUCGGGGGGCGAGCAGCCGGAAGCAGAGGUGGUUGCAAUCAUUUGA